GCAGAGCCACCCCACCACCACCUCCACCCACCGACGGCCACCUCCCGCUCUGCUGCUCUGCUCCUUCCACACCCGCAGGCCACAGCGAUGCGGCUGUGGUGGGACUAUAAACUCGGUUCCGGCCGUAUCAGCUCAGUCUCCCACUCCCCGGGAUCGCAACCACAAUGGGCAACGCUGCGCCGCGCGGUCCGGCGGUGGAGGAGCGGCUGACGCAGCCGCGCCGCCUCGUCCGGCAGCUCUCCGACCUGGACUCCGACCGGCUCCGGCGGCUCAUCCGCUCCGGCGACCUCGCGCCGUGCUUCGACGCCGCCGAGGAGGACGGACGCGCAGUGGAGUGCCCCAUCUGCUUCCACUUCUACCCGAGUUUGAAUCGAUCCAAGUGCUGCGGCAAAGGGAUCUGCACAGAGUGCUUCUUGCAGUUGAUGCCGUCGAAGGCUUCCAAAGCUGUCCACUGCCCAUUCUGCAAAACCGCAGCCUACGCUGUCGAAUACCGCGGUGCUAGAACCUUGAGUGAGAAGAAACUUCAACGAGAACAAAACUUUUAUUCCGAAUUUCUUACAGGAAGAACAGAGCGUUUAUGAGGGUGCGACAAGAAUACAUUCCAAGAACGCCGGGGGACAUAUCCUACUACCAUAGAAGUUGCAAGCCCAAUUUUGCAGUGCUAAAAGCUCGCUUAGCAAACUGUUAAUUUUUAUGACCCCUGGAGAGAAAUUUCAAGGCUUCAUAUAUCAUUUGUCUGUACGAUUCUUAGACAAUGAUAAGAAUUGUUUUAGAUAUAGAUGUUUGCAGAACAGAGUAAAUGCUAGUACUCCAAACUGAAACAAAAAUAUUCUUCCAGAACGGUUCUGUAGCUUGCUCUGAAGAGAACGAUAAAAGUCCAAAGUUUUCAGGCCCUAAAUUAUAUUUGUGGCGUCCAGCCAUCAUGCAGCCGGAGUUGCUUUGAUUCCGGGCGGUGCACCUUGCCUGUUGCGGAAUCCCUGCCUGUAAUUCUUUUAUCUUUAUCAUUUCUACUUUGGUAA